GACUUCCUCAAAGGUAUUGCUGUGGACUACUUUGAAAGCACGCGUGCCAUCGGAGAGAACAACGGAUGUGCGCUAUCGACGGCUGUGCUUGCUGAUCGAGAGCCUGGCCUUGUUGACUACGAUUUGUCUCCUUGUGUUUGCGUGGAUGCUUGGAUUCCUGAUCUGGAUAAUAAAAACCAAGCUGGUCACUGGCUUGGUCAUUGUGGCGAGCAUGCGGGCUUUCACCAGGCCAGUUCAUCCAACAUUCGAUUUUGCCAGUGAGGGCUUCGGCAACCUCUACUUCAGGGGCGCGCUGCCACUUCCCUCACAGGCCUUGGCAUACAGCAUCACCUCCGCUCUGGUUGAAGCAGAAGUUGCAGACGGUAAGGGCUUACAGCCAGAUCCGAGGAUUUCCAAGCCUCUGCUGGUCCGCUUGAUGGGAACCGCUGAUGCUGAGUUCCUCCGCAAUGUCCAACGUUGUCUUGAGGGGAGACUCGCGGCCUCGGAGUGA